UCAAAACUCCGACAUAUUAUUUUCAAACACUGUUUUGCCCCUUGUCUCUCUUCCAAAAAUCCAAACACUGUUUUGCCCCUCACUGGCUGGGAUUUUAACUGUAUGAACUGAGCUCAUAUGCACUGUAUAACGCUGAGGAUUAUUCAUUGAUACACACAGUUUUCAAAAAACAGUGAGCAACAAAGUUCCCUCUCUUAAUUUCUCUCUAUCCGUACAAGUUCUGUACCUUUUUCAUGGGUAUUUGAAACUUAGGGUUUUAAACACUUGGGUUAACAUGUACUUUAAACCCCAAAAGACAGUAUAUUGAACCUGGUUAUCUUCUGUACAUAUGUUGCAAUUCCCGUGUUAGGGUUUCGGGUUUUGUAGAGUUGCUUUUAGAGAUUUAUUAGGGAUGGAUGGGAGGAGAAUAAGUGCAAGUCCUCGGCCAUGUAGUGGGAGGAGGGUGGUGGCAAAGAAGAGGCCACGGGGUGGCAUGGAUGGGUUCGUGAACAGUGUUAAGAAGCUUCAACGGAGAGAAAUUGGUUCCAAGCGUGGCCAUUCGUUCAGUAUGAACGAUGCCCAAGAGCGUUUUCGGAAUAUACAGUUACAGGAGGAAUAUGAUACCCAUGAUCCGAAAGGUCAUAGUGCCAUGGUACUUCCAUUUCUUAAGAAAAGGUCAAAGAUAAUUGAGAUAGUUGCUGCACGUGAUAUUGUUUUCGCCCUUGCACAAUCUGGUGUCUGUGCAGCAUUUAGCCGAGAAACAAACAGGAGGAUAUGCUUUUUGAAUGUCAGUCCAGACGAAGUCAUACGAAGCUUGUUUUACAACAAAAACAAUGACUCGUUAAUCACUGUUUCGGUCUAUGCUUCAGAUAAUUUCAGUUCCUUAAAAUGCAGAACGACAAGGAUUGAAUACAUAAGGAGGGGUAAACCAGAUGCUGGAUUUGCUCUAUUUGAGUCGGAAUCAUUAAAAUGGCCUGGUUUUGUGGAGUUUGAUGAUGUAAAUGGGAAAGUACUUACUUACUCUGCCCAGGAUAGCAUAUACAAGGUGUUUGACCUGAAGAAUUAUACGAUGUUAUACUCGAUUUCGGACAAAAAUGUUCAAGAGAUUAAAAUCAGUCCUGGAAUCAUGUUGCUAAUAUUUACCAAAGCUAGCGGCCAUGUUCCUUUAAAGAUUCUCUCGAUUGAGGAUGGUACUGUUCUUAAAUCUUUCAACCAUCUGCUCCACCGAAAUAAGAAGGUGGAUUUCAUUGAACAGUUCAAUGAAAAGCUUCUUGUCAAACAAGAGAAUGAAAAUCUUCAGAUUCUUGAUGUACGCAAUUCUGAGUUGACAGAAGUUAGCAGAGCCGAAUUCAUGACCCCAUCAGCAUUUAUAUUUCUGUACGAGAAUCAAUUAUUCUUGACGUUCAGAAACAGAACAGUAGCUGUUUGGAACUUCCGCGGGGAGCUUGUGACUUCAUUUGAGGAUCACCUACUAUGGCAUCCUGACUGCAAUACAAACAACAUUUACAUUACUAGUGAUCAGGACCUUAUUAUUUCAUAUUGCAAAGCUGAUUCUGAUGAUUCCUUAUCAGAAGGAACAGCUGGAUCGAUCAAUAUCAGCAACAUUUUGACAGGCAAAUGCCUUGCUAAAAUAAAAGCAACUGACAGCCUUAGCUCAGAUGAUUGUAGUUGCAGUCCCAGUUGCAAUGAGCAUGGUGGUAGAAGUUGCAACUCUAAGAAGCGUAUCCGAGCUUCCAGAAUUAGUAGCACGGUUGCAGAAGCCCUGGAAGAUAUCACUGCCCUUUUCUAUGAUGAAGAGCAUAAUGAAAUCUAUACUGGAAACAGUCUUGGGCUGGUCCAUGUAUGGUCUAACUGAAGGUUGAUUGAUCCCCUUGCUCUCUGAAGAUGUUUAGGAAACGCAAACAUGCCACGGGGAGAAUUGUACAAUUAGAGUGCCAUCUAUUUUUCUUUUUCUUGUUUUGACAAAAUGUGUCAUCUUUUUACCCCCAAAAAUAGGGAGAUGGUUUGAUUUGUGACAUCGAUUUACUUUAUAGUGCAUGUCUGUUAAUAAUUUGGUUUUCAGGAUGAUAUUCCUUUUCAACUAGAGUGUUGAUAAUUCCUAGUGUUCUAGUGCCUCUUUAACUACUGAGUUGAUAAUUACCGAGUUGUACGCAUUAACAAGCUUAGUCAAUGGGUGAGAGCAUAUUAUACUGUUAAACUGAUUUUGCUUGUGGCACCUUUAAGUGAAUAAUUCAGCUA